UAAAUAGACUAUUCUUCUUGUAAGUAAAUAAAUAUAUGAUUGGUCUAUCAUCUGACAACAAAGCUACAGAUCCCAAUAGACAAGCUCCCCGUGCAUCCGAAACCCCAAGUCAAAUCAGAAAAAUAAAAAUAAAAAUCAAAUAAUUUUAUACGAUGAAUUUGUUAUGGUCGUUCCUGAAUUUGAUUAUGCUGUUUUCGCAAUUACCGAUAUCAAAAUCUUCAUUAAUUUCCGAUCUUUUCGACAGCUGGUGUGAAGAAUACGGUAAAACAUACGCUUCCGAGCAAGAGAAGCAGCACCGGCUGAACGUAUUUCAUGAGAACUACAAAUAUGUUAAUCAGCACAAUGCAGAUGCUAAUUCUUCCUACACUCUCUCCGUUAAUGCUUUUGCUGAUCUCACUAACCAUGAAUUUAGGGCUAAUUAUUUGGGGCUUUCGCCUUCGAAAAGCGAUUCCGUUAUCAGAUUGAACAGUAGGUCAGCUUCUGCAAUUGAUGGGGAUAAUUUGAUCAAGGAAUCUGAGAUUCCAUCUUCUUUGGAUUGGAGGAAUAAAGGAGCUGUUACUGCUGUCAAAGAUCAGGGCAGUUGCGGCGCGUGCUGGUCGUUCUCUGCUACUGGAGCAGUUGAAGGCAUUAAUCAAAUCAAGACGGGAUCUCUUGUCAGCCUAUCCGAACAAGAGCUAAUCGAUUGUGACAAAUCUUACAACGACGGUUGUAAUGGAGGACUCAUGGACUACGCUUACGACUUCAUAAUUAAAAACAAAGGAAUUGACACCGAAGAGGAUUAUUCCUAUAAAGGCCGUAGUGCAACGUGCGACAAAAACAAAAUGAACAAGCAUGUUGUGACCAUCGAUAGCUAUGUCGAUAUUCCGGAAAAAGACGAGAAGAAGCUUCUACAAGCCGUUGCUACUCAACCUAUCAGCGUCGGUAUAUGUGGUAGUGACUCGUCAUUCCAGCUUUACUCAGGGGGGAUAUUUACAGGGCCGUGUUCGACUUCUUUGGAUCACGCAGUACUAAUUGUUGGGUACGAUUCAAAAGACGGGAAAGACUAUUGGAUUAUAAAGAAUUCGUGGGGAAAAUCGUGGGGAAUAAAAGGCUACAUGCAUAUGGUAAGAAACAGUGGGAGUGAAGAAGGGGUUUGUGGGAUUAAUACGCUGGCAUCUUAUCCUGUAAAAUCGAGCACUAAUCCUCCGCCUUCACCUACACCGGGUCCCACAAAGUGUAAUAUUUUCACGUAUUGCUCGAGCGGCGAAACUUGUUGUUGUGCUCGAUAUUUUCUUGGGGUUUGUUUGAGUUGGAAUUGCUGUGAGGCGGAAUCUGCUGUGUGCUGUGACGACCAUCGUCAUUGUUGCCCGCAUGAUUAUCCGGUUUGCGAUACUAAGAAGAAUCUAUGCCUCAAGAAGAGUGGGAAUACUACGGUAUCGAAGCCGCUGGGGAAGAAAAGUUUUUCUGCAAGCUAGAUGGUUGAAAAGCUCUCAGAUAGAUGAUGAUUAAUCAAAACACUUGGGUUAUAUUAUUACAGCAGCACAUUUUGUAAUAAUGCUGCCAUUUUAUUGAAGCUAUCAUGCUUAUAUUCGGCCAAUCACGGUUCACCGUACGUAUAGUUAACUUAUAGAAGAUAUCGGUCUGUACACGGAUUUGUUUGCGCGAACUGAGAUAGUUUUUAGUCUAUCAAGUGAAGUAAUUUGUUGGUGCAGAUACAAUUUUAAAUGUAUAUUGUGGCAUUUCUUGGUGUUUCUGGAGUUACGAUAGCGGUGUCGGUUUUUUUUUUUUUUUUCUUUUUUUCUUUUCAAUGUCGAAUGAUGUGCUUUUCGAUCUGGUGAUUGUAAAUUCAAGACU